UGUUUUGUUUUGUUUUUGUUUUUAUUUAAGCCCUUUUUUCACAGACUCCUCAUUUCUCUAGGAAAACUCGGGUCGGUGCCUAGACCCGUAUUUCGUUUGUAAACUUUAGGCCUCAAGUGGGGCCAGACCUUUUCUUUCGAAAGGAAGUCUCUGGAAGGCCAAAUGUACUUAUUGAUCCACACCCAAGAGCUAUUAGGGUUGGGGAUUAUCUUUCCUCACUUCACAGGAAGAAAAAUGAGGCACUCUGGGCUCACCCAGGUUGAGAAGCAGGCUGAUUCCUCAUUCGCUAACCAGAGCUCUGGGGCACUCAAGACUUCCUUCCCAGGCCAUGUAACUAGCAAUUCCCAUGGUGCCUCAUUCCCUUUGCUGUGAAACACCUCAACCUGGACCGUGUAUGCUUACUGCUCUGAAGUGAUCCCGAUAGAAGCUCGGGUUUUCCUUUGGGUAGUGUGUGAAGUUGGAGAUAACCGCCCUCCUGUCUCUGUACUGAGUGAAUUAUCUCGGCGACCUCUUAUAGAAGAGCCUUGGUCAACCGUGCAAGAGUGGGAACUUGGUUUUACCUUGAUUCUAAGAGCUUUCGGGUUUUAGAGACUGCGCAGUAGGGAGCCAGUUUCAGUCUGUUCUGCCAGUCCGGGCUCCCUCUACCAAGCUUCACCACAGGAGGGGGAGGCCCCACCCACAUAAAGUCCCUGGGAGGAUUCUUAAGAUGCCCCUUCUUGCACUAACUUGAGCUUUGACAAAAACAGGUGGAAUAUGUGUUUAUAGAAAUCUAGUAAUAAUAUCACACAAGAUUAAGAUUUCCAAAACUCCAUAUGUAUUGCUUUUCAUCCCUUUGAGUGAUAGGAAAGAGCACCGGCCUCUGUUUCUCAGAAGGCAAAUUGAGGCAAGCAACUGAGCUACUGCUACCCAGGGACAGGAUACAGCACAGUCACUUUCGACGGGGCGCCCAGCUAUGGCCACACGCCCUCGCACCACGCGGCGCAGUUUCCCAACCAUUCCUUCAAACACGAGGACCCCAUGAGCCAGCAGGGCUCUCUGGGCGAGCAGCAAUAUUCGGUGCCGCCCCCGGUGUAUGGCUGCCACACCCCUUCGGACAGCUGCACAGGCAGCCAGGCCCUGCUGCUGAGGACGCCCUACAGCAGUGACAAUUUAUACCAAAUGACCUCCCAGCUUGAAUGCAUGACCUGGAAUCAGAUGAACCUGGGAGCCACCUUGAAGGGAAUGGCUGCUGGGAGCUCCAGCUCAGUGAAAUGGACAGAAGGGCAGAGCAACCACGGCACAGGGUAUGAGAGUGAGAACCACACAACCCCCAUCCUCUGUGGUGCCCAGUAUAGAAUACACACCCAUGGAGUCUUCCGAGGCAUUCAGGACGUGCGACGUGUGUCUGGAGUGGCCCCAACUCUCGUCCGGUCAGCCUCUGAGACCAGUGAGAAACGUCCUUUCAUGUGUGCUUACCCAGGCUGCAAUAAGAGAUAUUUUAAGCUGUCCCACUUACAAAUGCACAGCCGGAAGCACACUGGUGAGAAACCAUACCAGUGUGACUUCAAGGAUUGUGAGAGAAGGUUUUCUCGCUCUGACCAGCUCAAAAGACACCAAAGGAGACACACAGGUGUGAAACCAUUCCAGUGUAAAACUUGUCAGCGCAAGUUUUCGCGGUCCGACCACCUGAAGACCCACACCAGGACUCAUACAGGUAAAACAAGUGAAAAGCCCUUCAGCUGUCGGUGGCACAGUUGUCAGAAAAAGUUCGCGCGGUCAGACGAAUUAGUCCGCCAUCACAACAUGCACCAGAGAAACAUGACCAAACUCCAGCUGGCGCUUUGAGGGGUCCGACCGGGGGGACAGCUUGGCAUCCCAGGCAGGACAGUGUGCAAACGGCUUCCAAACCCGAUUUCGAAAUUCCUCCCCACUCAUCUACAGAGUGAUUUGACUGUGGGUCGUCAUCCAACUUCCAAGACUGCACACGUGUUUGGCUACACCCUAUCAGGUCUGCUGGGAGGAGUCUGUGCUCCACCUCCUUUUGGCUAACUCACAGGCCUGGAAAAGUGGCUCGAGAUGUCUUGCUGGUUGAAAGAGCAUUGCCAUUUCUGCCGAACUUUCCACUGUUAGAAGAUACAUUGUUGCUAAUGUCCCCCUACCUCCCUCUUCUCCUUCAUGGGCGUUCGUUCCAUUUUCCAUCAUGGGAUAUUUAUAGGCCAGGGCAUGGUGUGUGUGUCUGCUAAUGUAAACUUUGUCAUGGUUCCCAUUUACUAACAGCCCUAGAAAGAAAUAAAUCAGAGAGCAAAGCACCAGGGGCAAGUCCUGCCCAGAAUUUCAGAGGUCAGGCUGCAAACCCGGAAUCCUGGAAGGCAGGAAUUCUUGUAAAGCUCAUAGGUUUUAGGAUUAGAAUUAACCGGAACCUCUGCAUAGAAACCUGAAGGAACCUUCCUGUUCAGCUAGUCAUUGCUAACAUUAGCACCGUGCUCUUAAGAAAUAAUGUUUAAAGAAAUAAUGUUUUAAAAAAUGUUUUGAUUUAUUUUUUAGCUGUGAUUAGGUACAUCUUCAGAGAUGUACUUUCCUUUUCAUGCAAAGGAAAUGGAAGAAUUCAUUUUCAUCAUCUGGGGUCUCUUUAGAAUGUAAAGACCACACUGGCUAUGUGGCUUCGAGUUGUAAAAAUUAAAAUGACUUUAAGAGAAACUAGGGGCUGGUCCAGGAUCUUCACUGGUAAGACUGUUCUUAAGUAACUUAAGUAUCUUUGACUCUGCAAGUAUGUGGGGGAAACAAAAAGAUAUAUUAUUGUGAGGAAAUCCAUUGUUUAAAGGUGUGUGUGUGUUGUUGUUGUUUUUUAAAGGGAGGGAGUUUAUUAUUUACUGUUGCUUGAAAUACUGUGUAAAUAUAUAUGUAUAUAUGAUGUGCUCUUUGUCAACUAAAAUUAGGAGGUGUAUGGAUAUUAGAUUCAUCACUGUGUGGAUGUCAAUCUUACAGUGUAUUGAUGAUAAUACUAAAAAUGUAACCUGCAUUUUUUUUCACUUGGCUGUCAAUUAAAGUCUAUUCAAAAAGAAAA